AUGGAUGCUGCCAAAUUGCUCGACCUGGGAUUCUCAGGGCCACGAUUCACAUGGUUCAGGGGAACUACAGAUUGUACGCAUAAGGCUGGCAGAAUCGACAGGUCUUUGUGCAACUCUAAUUGGAACCUGGCUUUUCCUGAUAGCUCGGUUCAUCACUUACCAAGGCUGCACUCGGAUCAUCUCCCUAUUCUUACUUCUAGUUCCACUUUGUCUAAUCCCCAUAGCACCAACAAACCUUUUCGGUUUGAGGCAGCUUGGGUAUUGCACAACCAGUUUGUUGAUUUUUUUGUAGAUUCGUGGAAAAACGACUUGGAGCUUCAUCAAGCCCUCAAAGACAUCUCCCCUAAACUACAACACUGGAAUAAGGCGGUUUUUGGCAUCAUCUACCAGCGCAAGAAACGACUCCUGGCCAGGAUUCUCGGGGUACAAACUAGAUUGGCCUCGGCUUUCAAUCAGGGGUUGGUUAAAUUGCAAGCCAAACUUGAAGCUGAACUCGAUUUACUCCCUGCCCAAGAACAAGUGAUUUGGUAUCAAAGAGCCAAGGAGAAGUGGGUGAAGCUAGGUGAACAAAAUACGUCAUAUUUCCAUCAGCAGGCUACAAGACGGCGCAGAAGGAACAGAAUUUUGGCUCUGCGUGACGACAAUGGUGACUGGAUUAGCGAGCCUGUUAAACUGCUGGACUUAGUGGUGAACUUCUAUAAGAUUCUUUACAAGCACGAGGACGUCCCUUAUGAAGAUCUCAUGCCCAAACAUAGCUUUCCAAGGCUGAAAUUGAUUUUACAAUAA